AUGAGUGCUGAGAUAAAGAACCAUUUACACACAUACAAAGGCAUCAGAUGGCAAGUAAUACUCUCCUUCUUAUUUUCCUGGAUAUGUCAUUUAGUUUCUGGUCAGAUUCAUUAUGCAAUUGUAGAAGAAAUGAGAAAAGAUUCUGUUAUAGCAAAUAUUGCUAAAGACCUUGGAUUAGAUAUCAAACAACUCUCAUCUAGAAAGCUGCAGAUCAUGUCACAUGUAUCAGAGAAAUAUUUUUAUGUGAAUCUAGACAAUGGAAAUCUGUAUGUGAAGGACAGGAUAGACAGAGAAACACUGUGUGGGGCAGCAGCUACCUGCUUCCUAAACUUUGAUGCUGUGGUUGAAAAUCCCUUAAAUGUUUUCAGCGUUAGUGUAGAAAUUCAAGAUAUCAAUGAUAAUUAUCCUGUGUUUUUUCAUGAACUUUUUACAAUAGAAAUGGUAGAAUCUACUUCUCCUGGGACAAGAUUUACAUUACAAGGUGCAGAAGAUCCAGAUAUUGGUCUUAAUUCAGUACAGACAUACAAGCUUAAUGAUAAUCAGCAUUUUAUACUGGUUGAGAGCAUAAAUCCAGAUGGAAGUAAAUUUCCAGAACUUGUAUUAGAAAAACCUUUAGAUCGAGAGACUAUAAAAGCUCAUGAAUUAAUUUUAACAGCAUUAGAUGGAGGUAAUCCAUUAAGAUCUGGAACUGCCCAAGUCAGAAUUAUUGUUACAGAUGCUAAUGAUAAUUUCCCUGUAUUCACUGAACAACUGUAUAAGGUCAGUAUAAAUGAAAAUAUCCCAGUCAAUACUGUUGUAGCUAUUGUAAGUGCAAUGGAUAAAGAUGAAGAUGUGAAUGGACAGAUUACAUAUUCUUUCAGCAAGACAUCAGGAAAUGUGAAUCAUAAAGGAUCAUUUACUAUUAACCCCUUAACUGGCAAUAUUAACAUUAACAAAAAGUUGGAUUUUGAGGAGGCAAGGAAUUAUGAGUUGGCUGUACAAGCUAAGGAUGGAGGAGGACUUGUUUCACACUGUAAGGUAUUGAUAGAAGUAAUAGAUGAGAAUGACAAUGCUCCGGAGAUAUCCAUCAAAUCCUUAUCAUCCCCUAUUCCUGAGGAUUCUGAACUUGGAACAAUGAUAGCUCUAAUCAGAGUCCAUGAUAAAGAUUCAGGAGAAAAUGGUGAAGUUGACUGUAGACUCGCAGUAGAAAUGCCUUUUAAUUUGGUUUUGUCCUCUAACAGUUUUUAUACAAUUAUCACAACAGGCCCUAUGGAUCGAGAGAAAGUGUCUAAUUAUAAUAUAACAAUUGUAGCCACAGACAGAGGAUGCCCUCCACUAUCCAGUCACCAAACCAUCACACUGGAGAUAUCAGAUGUUAAUGAUAAUCUGCCACUGUUUAUGAAAUCUACUUAUGUUGCUUAUAUACAAGAGAACAAUUUACCAGGAGCCUCAGUAUAUAGUAUACAAGCAUCAGACGCCGAUACUGGAGACAAUGCUAAAAUUAUUUACUCAAUUAAAAACAAAUACACAGAAGAUCUUUCUAUGUCUUCCUAUUUUUCUCUUAAUAUAGAAACUGGAGUUAUGUAUGCUCAGAGAUCAUUUGAUUAUGAGCAGCACAAAGAGUUUGUAAUAGAUGUAACAGCAAAGGACAAUGGGCACCCAACUCUUAGCACCAAUACAACAUUAACUAUUAAAGUAAUAGACCAGAAUGAUAAUGCACCAAAACUCCUAUAUCCAUUCCCAGAGAGUGGAGCAUCAGCAGGGUUUGAGAUGGUCCCUUUUGCUGCUGAGCCUGGAUCGUUAAUAACAAAGGUGGUUGCAGUGGAUGCAGACACUGGACAUAAUGCUUGGCUCUCUUACCAUUUCAUACAAGUAUCUGAACCCUCUUAUUUCUCAAUUGAUGAACAUACAGGAGAAGUUAGAACACAGCAUAUUUUUAAAGAGAAGGAUACACUGAAUCACAAGGUUGUAGUGAUGGUAAAGGACAAUGGGAUUCCAUCUCUUUCUGCUACGGUUACCAUCACUCUUGUUGUUGCAGAUAAUUUCCAACAAGUAGUUCCUAAAUUUGUUAGUCAGUUUACUAAUGACAAUUCUCAAUCUAAUCUGCAGUUGUACUUGGUAAUUGCCCUAGCAGUAAUAUCUUUACUAUUUAUUAUAACAGUCAUGUUGGCUGUUGUAUCUAAAUGCAGGAAGUCUAAACCAUUCCCAUUAUAUGGGCCUGUCAGCUCAAAUUUAUACCCUCAAGUUGAUCCCAGAAUGCUAUCUCAAUAUGCCACUGGAACACUAACUCUUCCCUACUCUUACAAUGUAUGUGUGGCUUUGGAUUCUGGGGAAAGUGACUUUACAUACAUGAACACAAAUCAAAAUGUCCCUGUGGAUAAUCUUAUCGAUGCUGACAAUUCAGGCCUUGGAAAUGAAAAUUUAAAGGAGGCACUGCCAAUCAUGAGUCAAAUCCAGGUGAGUUUUUAA